UCUAAUCAGAACCAGCGGAGGACGGGAAAUCACCUGCAGAGGGGAAGAGUAGAAAGCUACCUGCGAGCAGUUCUUGCUCUUCUUGGCCAUCCAGGCUGAGGGUGCUUCAGGAUGAAGGUGCUUCUGGCUGUUCUGCUGGCUGGCCUUGUGUGCGUGGAGCUAGCCCAGUCCUUGCGAUGCUACACCUGCAAAGAACCGACAGAUCUCUCUUCGUGCACCACAGUCAGCAACUGCUCUAAGAACGACACGGCGUGCAAGACAACUGUGCAUUCUGUAGACUUGGGUUACCCCUUUUUCAGGAACACCACCGUCUCCAAAUCCUGCACUGAAACGUGCAUGCCCUCCGACCCGGAUGGAAUUGGGGAGUCCCACCCCAUCUCGUGCUGUUACACCGACCUGUGCAAUACCGGCGGAGUGCCAGGGCUGAGAGCCAGUGCCAUAGCGAUCACAGCUGCCACUCUCUGGACCCUCCUGAGGGUCAUGCUGUAGCACAGCAGGGUCUCAGACAGAAGUCCUCCUGGCCACGCUGCCCAAUGCUGCCCAAUGUUAGACGCUUGAGGAAGAUAUUUCUUCAGUUAACUGUGGCUUCUUCAAUUGAUGCCGGGAAUUUAAUGGACCUUUGGAGGUCAAACCCACCCAGCUUUGAAACCCUGGGCAGCGCUCUGCUCCCAGCUGCUAAUCUAGGGGACGUGUUUCUUCAGCAUUGACUACAUCCUGCCGCUGCACCCCUCCAGGGAUGGGGACGUGGAAGAGACAUGGCCGUUCUGAAUAGCAGGAAGGGUCAGGCGACAGGGACGGUGUGGGGGUGGGCACUGUUCUGUACUGGGGGGAGGAGGAGGAGGAGCAAGACAGAGCCAUGGUAGGCAGGUCAAAGAACUACACAAACUCACCAGCCAAUCCGUCCAUGUAGGGCCAUGCAGGACUGGUGUCAGGGGAAAAUGCGGGGUGCCCCCCAAUUCUCACCUAAAGCCUGUUUCUUGUGCAAGGGAUCCAGCAUUUAACCCCAAUCAUGCACAUUUGAUUUCUUCUUAGCAGCUACCAAGCACUGCAGUCCCCCACCUUUCUGUACCAUAAAUAGCUUAACAUAGUGAUUCCCUGUUCUCUGGGGACGUCAGUUUCCACCUCCCCUUAUCUCAGCGCGCUUGAACCCCAGGAGGUCGGUUUUCCAAUGCUGCUUAGGACAAUGAGCAAAACGAGUUUGAGGGCUCAUCUGAGAGUUCCUCUAGGUUGCAAAUCCCGCUGCACAGUUCAAGAGAGAGACCCAGAGUUGGAAGGGCAGGGGGGUUGUGCAUAUCAGAAAUGCAGGUGCAGUUAGUAUGGAACCUGCUUGCUCUGAACUAGUGAUCUCAGUUUUUUACUUUCAAUUGCACUAAAACCCAGACAUGUUCCAAAUUGGCUUCAGACAGCUGCCUCUGAGCACCCCUGCCCCCCCCAAAUAAAAUAAAAGGA